UGUUCUUAGCUUCGUAGCUGGUCUAUAGCAGUCAAUACUGGUUACACUCGUCUGUUCGCACGAGCGAUUUAAUACCGACUGUGUAGAUAGGGAUGUAGGGUGUCUCGGAUCCCUCCGAACUUAUUUAACGUGACGUGUUCCGCACUGAAGGGAUUACAGCCACGGCAUUAUAAUAUACCCACAAAAUGUUGGCAUUAUCCUGAACAAGGUAGGCGGAGGAGUUCAAACCCAAAACACCGGAGAGGUCGAGACGGAUAGUGAGGCUGCUACCCCUCUACCACGUCCGGAUUUUUCUCAGAUGAUUCCGUUCAAGCCGCGACCAUGCGCUCAUCCUGGUGCCCAUCCACUUGCCGGAGGUGUAUUUCCGCAACCAUCAGCUCUGGCCGCUUUGUGUGCUACCCUGCCCCCACCAAACUCCUUUCGCGGGCCCUUUGUCAGCGUCGAGUUGCUCUUUGACAUCUUUAUGCGGCUUAAUCUGCCCGACUCUGCACCGCAACCGAAUGGAGACAAUGAAUUGUCGCCAAAAAUCUUUGAUUUGGCCAAGUCAGUGCACUGGAUUGUGGACACAAGUACUUAUACGGGUGUUCAGCAUAGUGUAACGGCCAUUCCACCGCGCCGGCGACGUCUGUUGCCUGGUGGCGAUGACAGUGACGAAGAACUUCAGACCGCCGUGCCGCCCACCCACGAUAUUUAUCGCCUGCGGCAGCUUAAGCGUUUUGCAAAGUCAAAUUAAGUUCCGCGGUACAGAUAUAUUCCCACUUAUUUUUUGAAUAAUGCAUUUACAAUAAAUAUACGAAAAAUAAACAAUA